AUGGAGGCCGAGUACAACAACAGCAGUGAAGAGUCGGGGAAGAGCCUCUUCACUGUGAACACAUCCAAUCUCAGAGUGGUUGCAGAGGUGGUGCAGGGAGACGAUGACUGCACAUUCCCCAGUGGCGUUAGUCGCCUCCCUCUCUGCUCUUCUGGCUGCUCGCCCUGCUCUGCAUCUGCACGUCUCUGUUACACACAAAGGAGACACGCAAAGGCAAACCCACAGGAGGCAAUAAGGUUUGACCAAUCGGUGUUUGGGAGAAGCCCGGUUGCUGAGGCAACAGGAGGGAAGGUCAACCUGGGAUAUUCCAAUGAAGGAGCUACAGAUGCAGCUUACAAUGAUCUAAUCGCGGAAAUGCGUGGCCAGAUGGACUUUGUCAGCUUUCACAAGGUCCCUGAUGUUGUGUCCUCCAGCAGCUUGUCUCUCCACAGCGAGGGUCAAGCCCAGGUGUCUCUAGCCAAGGAAAGCUCCAAGAAUGUCAGGAUGAUUACAACAGUUUGAUUAUGAUUACUUUUUAUAUAUUGUUUGCAUGAUUUUUUUGGUGUUAUGUUUCAUAUUUUUGUAAAGCUGGAAGCUAAUGUUAUAUAAUCUUGAGAAAACUUUGUAGCAGUUAUUUGGACAAAGAAACAAACAAAAAAGAAAAAUCUGAUUCCUGAUAACAAUUGACAGCUGUAUUCAGAAUAUAAGACAAUGGCACAAUGUAUUUCUAUUUUUAAUAAAUGGUAUUUUGUGUACUUUAA